CUCCGGCAUACUGUCCGGUCUAUUGCUGGUGCUGUUCGUGGUCUUCAUCAUUGUGUACCGACACUACAAACUGGAGGCCGAGUUGGCGUCCAUGACCUGGAAGAUUAGGUUUGACGACAUCAUCACACACUCCGGCAUUAAUAACAGACAGGGAUUUGGAUCGCGAAUGAGUUUAACUCGAACGUCGAUAUCAUCGGACACACUGCCAUUGGUUGACACAAACAAUUCGUGUCAGAUCUUCGCGCGGACGGGUCUAUACAAAGGCAUAGUAGUGGCCAUCAAACCAAUUGACAAAUUGCGAGUCGAUAUCACCCGAUCUCUACUCAUUGAACUCAAACAUAUGAAGGACCUGCAGCACAACCAUGUGGUGCGCUUUCUGGGCGCGUGUCUGGACCCUCCCAACUGCUGUAUUGUCACCGAAUACUGUCCGAAAGGGUCACUGCAGGACAUACUGGAGAACGAUGAGAUCAAACUGGACUGGAUGUUCAGGUACUCACUGAUGCACGACAUCAUCAAAGGCAUGGCAUACCUGCACAGCAGUGAAAUGCAUUGUCACGGGAACCUCAAGUCCUCCAACUGUGUGGUCGACUCGAGAUUUGUCCUCAAGAUUACAGACUUCGGUCUGCAAUCACUGCGAAAGUGUGAUAUCGAUUGCGAGUCCUAUGCCUUCUGGAGAAAGAAGCUAUGGACAGCUCCGGAAUUACUCCGAACUAAAGAACAUUAUCCUAAACCCACUCAAAAAGGUGAUGUCUAUAGCUUUGCAAUUAUAGCUCACGAGAUAAUCUUACGUCAGGGACCUUUCUAUUGUGGCCCUCACUGUGAUCAAAGUCCUAGAGAAAUCGUUGAAAGCGUUUGCGAUGAGGGCUUACGACCGCUACUGGAGGACGCGAUGGCUGACGAGGAGAUACUGGCGAUGAUUAGGAAGUGCUGGUCAGAGGACGUCAUCGAUAGGCCUGACUUUGUGUCUCUUCAAUCAAUUAUGAGAAAAGAAAGGACUUCCGAUUACUUGGAGGAGAAACGCAAGGCUGAGGACCUACUCUACCAAUUGCUGCCUAAGUCGGUCGCGAGUCAACUAAUUAGAGGCGAGUCCGUGAGGGCUGAGGCGUACGACAGCGUCACCAUCUAUUUCAGCGAUAUCGUCGGCUUCACGACACUAUCUGCAGCCAGCACACCUAUGCAG